UGAAGGUAAGGAGAGUCUCUUAGUCUACUGCCAGACUCUAUUGGCAGGUCUCAAGGCUGCGGCCCGCAAGCCUACUAAUAUGGCCAAAGCAUACAAUGUUAGAGACCAGAGGAAAGCCCCGCAGCAUUCCUUGAGAGAAUAAUGGAGGCAUUCUGCCAGUACACCCCUAUGGAUCCUGAGGCCCCAGCAAACAUAGCUGCGGUGGCCAUGGCUUUUAUCAGUCAGUCCGCUCCCGACAUUCGGAGAAAACUUCAGAAACUAGAACGUCUAGGGGAAAAGAACCUCCAAGAUCUAGUGGUCGUGGCAGAAAGGGUCAACAGCAACAGGGAAAGUGCAGAGGACAAGCAGGUAAGAGCUGAAAAAAGACAAAACCAGGGUCUAGCCAAGAUCCUACUCGCGGCAACUGCUGAGCCAGAGGACCGAAAAAGACGCCUCAGACUGUUGGCUUCAGGAGAAAAAGGUAAGGAAAACUCCCAACGGGUUGGAGGACGCCCCUGCCUGGGCAAAAAUCAAUGUGCCUACUGCAAAUAAGAAGGACACUGGUCCAGAGAAUGUCUCAGAAGGAAAAAAUCAAACGCUCCCAUUCUAGUAAUGGGAGAUGACAGUGACUAGGGGAGACGGGGUUCGGCACCCCUCCCCGAACCUAGGGAAACCCUAGAAGUGCAGGGGAAGUCCACCAAGUUCUUAGCGGACACUGGGGCUCCACGUUCUGUGCUCCUGCAACCAGCUGGCCCCCUGGCAAAUGAAACAUCCUGGGGCCAGGGAGCCACAGGGAUACAGCAGCACCAUGGACUACCCAGAGAACAGUGGGCCUUGGUGUGGGCCAGGUAUCCCACCCCUUUAUGGUCAUCCCAGAUUGCCCCUACCCCUUGCUAGGCCGCGAUCUGCUGACCAAGCUGGGGGCUCAAAUUCAUUUUUCAGCCGAAGGGACUAGAGUAUUAGACCAGGCUGGGCAGCCAAGACAUGUGCUCACCUUGGGGCUGGCAGAUGAAUAUCGCCUGCAUGAGACACCGAUGACACCAGAUGCGGGGGUUCCACCUUGGCUCCAGCAGUUCCCAUCAGCGUGGGCUGAGACUGGAGGCACGGGGUUAGCAAAACAUAGGCCCCCAGUGUUCACAGAACUAAAGCCUGGGGCAAACCCGGCCCGGGUCCGCCAGUACCCCAUGUCCCUAGAAGCCAAAAAGGGCAUAACUCCCCAUAUUAGGCGCCUACUAGAUCUAGGAGUUCUGAGGCCAUGUCAGUCGGCCUGGAAUACGCCCUUGUUACCCGUCCGCAAGCCAGAUUCUAACGAUUACAGGCCUGUACAGGAUCUGAGGGAGGUCAACAAGCGGGUAAUAGACAUCCACUCGACGGUGCCCAACCCCUACACCCUGUGGAGCUCUGUUCCGCCUAGCCACACCUGGUACACGGUCCUAGACCUAAAGGAUGCCUUUUUCAGCCUCCCACUAGCUCCCAAGAGCCAAGACCUCUUCACUUUCGAGUGGCACGACCCUGACAAAGGAAUCAAUGGACAGCUAACAUGGACUAGAUUCCCCCAGGGGCUCAAGAACUCCCCCACCAUCUUUGACAAAGCCCUGCACGAGGACUUGGGUGAGUUCCGCUCCCAAAACCCCCACCUGACUCUUUUGCAGUAUGUAGAUGAUCUGCUUCUUGCAGCUGAGGGUCGAGACACCUGCUCGACUGGCACCAAGAGGUUGCUGCAAACCCUGGGAGACCUAGGACCCCGGCCUCAGCCAGAAAGGCCCAGAUCCGUAAAGAAGAAGCACAGUACUUGGGCUGUAUCCUCAAGGGGGGCCCCCACAGCCCUAAACCCAGCCACACUGCUGCCGGAUCUGGACUUAGAAGCGCCCUUACACGACUGUGCCGAGGUCCUGGCUCAAGUUCAUGGGAUCCGCUCUAAUCUGAGGGACACUCCACUUCCAGAUGCAGAAAUUACCUGGUUCACAGACGGCAGCAGCUUCAUACAGGAGGGACAAAGGUAUGCGGGGGCGGCAGUAGUGUCAAUGGAAGAAACCAUUUGGGCAGAACGUUUGCCCACUGGCACUUCAGCACAGAAGGCCGAGCUCAUAGCCCUAACCAAAGCCUUGACUCUGGAAAAAGACAAAAAAAUUAAGCAUAUAUACAGACAGCAGAUACACUUUCGCUACUGCACAGGUCCAUGGGGCCAUAUACAGAGAAAGGGGACUGCUCAUAGCUGGGGGAAAGACUAUCAGAAACAAAUAAGAGAUCCUGGCCUUACUAAAAGCUUUAUGGCUCCCCAAAAAGCUGGCUAUUAUCCACUUCCCAGGUCACCAAAAGGAUAAUAAUCUGAUCUCUAAGGGCAACAACCUAGCAGACCAAGCAGCCAGACAAGCUGCUCUCAGGGCCAGUCAUACCCUGGCCAUCACCCUGGUUGACCGUGGAGACCCUACUCUCCCUAAAGUCCCCGAAUAUAGCAAAGAUUUACAAUGGAUCAAAAAGCUGCCUAUGACCCAAUAUCUAAAAGGAUGGUGUAGAUCAGCAGAUGACAAG